GCAUUCCCGAUUAGGCUCCGACGAAGAAACUGGGAGUGAUGACGUUGGCAGGCAGCAGUGCUACUGGGCAGACGCUACUCAGUUAUUCUGCCAGGUAUCUGCCGCCUAGGGCGAUUUUUAUGCAUCUUCUGAGCAUUUUGUAUUCUAUUGACCGUGGAGGUAUCCUAACUGGCAUAGAAAAAGACAACUAAACCAGAUUACUAUCUAUUUCUAAAGAAGAAAGAUAAACGGGGGAAAACUACCUACAAGCUAGCUCACGAAUUUGUUCGUUUUCAUAAGAGUUUACAGCGUUAGGUUCCGCAAAUACAGCAUCUUGUUCAGUGGGCUUAUUCUGUAUAGAUGUUUAGAAAUCAAUAAUUUGUUUGUAGUUUUGGGAUCCUUGGAUACAAUGCAAGUAUAUGUACUGGGUUUGUAGUUUUUUUGCUUUUGGUUGUUCUGCGCUCUUCUCCCCCGUUGCACGCAUCUCGAGCAUUGCGUAGCCUUCCCGGUGCUAGCGAGGAAGGAAGAAAACACGCAAUCAGAAAUGCCGAGUAAUGAACUGAAACAGAGAAAGAAAACUCCACAAGGAAAGCAAGAUGAUAAAAGUGACGAUACUUCAAAGCCAACCGCCAAGGAGGACGAAGCGAAGAAAGCCGACGUAACCGAGGGGAAACUUUGCGCUGGAGAACGUCCAACGUCCCAAACUCUGGAUCUCAGGACUAUUGCCUGUCUCCUGUCUAUAGCAGUCUGCCUCUCUCUGUCCUGGGUCGUGUUGCAGCAGAACAUAAAAUUUGCUGAAGUUGAGGAAAAAUACAAACUACUGUAUCAAAAGACAGCAGUGCUCCAAGAACUGGAGAAUGAAAUUGGCCAAAUCAGCAGGAAGCUGGACUCCUCCGAAAAUGACCUGCAGGGUGCAAUGUCGUCCAUGUCCUUGGUGAAUAAGCUGGAGCGGGACAUCUCCGGCCUGCACGCCGCCAUCAUGGCGAUUCAGGACAGCGAGCACUCGGCCUCGCUCGACAUCCAGGGCAUCAACCGCCACUUUCUGAACGUGACCGAGGCGUGGCAGGCCAGCCUGGAGCUCAUCACGCGGGACAUCGGGGGCCUGAAGGCGGAGUCGCGGGCCGCCCACGGCCGGGUGACGGAGAAGGUGAACGAGGCGGAGGGGAAGGCGCGGGCGACGCGGAAGAGGCUGGCGGAGCUGGAGGACAGCACGCGCAUGAACGCCCGCGCGCUGGAGAACACGGAGGAGGACGACGCGCGCCGCGUCCGGGACCAGCUGGACUGGAACACCCGGCAGAUCGGGCAGCUGGAGGAGCGGCAGCGCGCCCUCUCCCGCCGCGACGCCGAGCUGCGCGACGCGCUGGCCGAGCACCUGCCGCGGGCGGAGCGCUGCGAGGAGCACCUGCCCGCCGUGGAGGACGCGGUGCGCUCCAUCCUGCGGCUGGCCGCCGACCUGGGCGCGGCCCAGAGGAGGGUGGAGGAGCUGACCCUGCAGGUGUUCGGCGUGGAGGACAGCGCGCUCAAGGCCGUGUCCGAGAUCCUGGCCAUCCAGCAGGCGCUGGACGCCAUGCAGGCCGACAACAGCAUCCUGAAAAUGAGGAACGACCUGGGCGUCGUCAAGGAGACCGUCAAGGAGAUGUACCGUGCCAGGAGGGAGCUGGCCCACCCGGAGCCUCCAAGCCAGCAGGAGGCGCAAGACGAGGGCGAACCUGACAAACUCCCUGAGCAUGAACCACCUGAGCUGGGAGAUGUGUGAUAUCAUGGCCUGCAAUGAAGAAACAGUCUGGCUUAUUCAUACAGAGCUGCAUAGUCUCCCAUUAAAGAAGCAGGGACGUGUUUUGUUGUGUAGCCCGAUUGUUCCACUAUUAUCUUGCAUAAUGUUCAGCAUAUAUUGUGUUAUUCGUAGAAACCACUGCACUCAAAACAAUAGUGGUACAUGAAUGAGAGGGUACUUAUACCUCAGUAAGCUGUGUGAUUGGUUCACAGACAAAGAUUGGAAUGUUAACUUAAAUUUUUUUUAGCGUGGGUGCUAUAAAGCACAUCUUAUGCUGUUCAGUGCAUCAUCAGUGUUUUCAACAAUUUAUUUUGUACAGUAGAUUUUGUGCCAAUCACUGCAGUAUUUCACUGAGCUAAAAUGGCAAUACACUGCUACAGUAAGCUGUUCACCACUGUCACACUGACAUACCUUCACACUGUCCAAGCUGUUUGUAUUAUCUGUAAAGAUUUAUGGAUAUCAUCAUGGUGAAACUGCACUGAUGUUUAACGCAUUAGCUCGUUUUAUGUCCAUGCCAUUGAAAUUACCCCAUGGGAGACAUUUUUAUCAUGUGACAUUAUUAUUGGAUAUAAAGUGUCUAUCACGUGAUGCUACUUCAGGUAAAAUAUAUUGUUAAUGAUCACGCUUAGAAUGCACUUUCAUCCUGUAUUUGAACGUUUGAACAGUCCUCUCUUUGGAGUUACUUGAUUGUUCAAGAGUGUUGUGCUUGAGGUGGCCAGUCUGGUGUGUACGAGACAUUAUUACAACUGUUAUAUUUUGUCAUAUAACAUUUUAAAAAGCAAUGUGUGUAGUAAUGUAAGUAAUUAAUUUCUGAAAAACUAUUUCCAUUCUGUAUUUUUGAAGUCAGGGAUGAGUUUCAUUAACUGAACAUGAAUUGAACAUUGCUGUUUUGCUAGUCACUGUAUUUCCUGUUUAUAUACAAACAUUAGUUCAAUUGAAACUGAAUUGAAACUUCAAGGUCAAAGUACCUUUGAGUGUUGAAAAAGGAAUAAAGGAGUUUACGUUCAUAA